AUGUCGCCUAAACCUCCGCCUGCCAAGGCAGACUCCAUCAUCAUCGUCGGCGCCGGCGUCUUUGGCCUCUCCACCGCCCUCGAGCUUGCCCAGCGCGGAUACACCAACGUCACCGUGCUCGACCGCUUCGUGCCGCCGGCCGUCGACGGCAGCAGCGUGGACCUUUCGCGCAUCAUCCGCUUCGACUACGGCGACCGUCUGUACGGCGUCAUGGCGCGCGAGGCCGUCGCCGGCUGGGCCGCCGACUACCCGGACCACUACCACCAGUGCGGCUUCGUGAUGCUCAACGAGGCGAAGGAGCCCGAGUUCGAGUACACGCGCCACUGCGUCGCAGUCGACGAGAAGCUCGGACGCACCAUUGAGCUGUACGACGACGCCGCCGACAUGCGGCAGCGCGUCCCCGGCAUCCCGGCUAAACUCGAGGGAUUCAAGGCCUUUUACAACCCCAAGGGCGGGUGGGCCGACGCAGCGGCCAGCAUCGGACAGCUGGCGGGACGAUGCAGCCAGGCAGGGGUUUCCAUCGUCUCUGGGAGGCGCGGCACGGUCAAGAAGCUGGUAUACCACGGCUCGCGCGUGACUGGCGUACAGUUCCUCGACAGCAGCCGCAUGAGCGCUUCCCUGGUCAUUCUCGCCACCGGCGCCUGGACGAACCAUUUGCUCCGCGUCACCCACGCAAGCUCCGCCUCGGCGCAGCCCGUGGGCUUCAUCCAGCUCACCGAUGCCGAGGCCGCCACGCUGCGGGGCAUGCCCGUCAUGAUCAACGCCAACAAGGGCGUGUUUGUGUUCCCCCCCACGCCGGGCACAAAUAUCCUCAAGAUUGCCCGUCACGGCUACGGGUAUGCGACUGCGGAAACAGUCGAUGACGGGCGCACCCCGCCGAGCGUCCUCUCCUGCCCGCGCCGGGACGCCAACAAUGCGCGCACUUCCUUCAUGCCCGAGGACGCGCAACAAGGGCUGCGCGAUGGGCUGCGGGACCUGGUGCCCGAGUUUGCGGAGCGACCAUGGUCGAGGCUGCGCUUGUGUUGGUACUCGGACACUCCCGAGGGUGACUUCAUCGUCGACAACCAUCCACAGGUCGAGGGGCUCUUUCUGGCAACGGGCGGCUCGGGACAUGGAUUCAAAUUUCUUCCGGUACUGGGCAGGUAUAUUGUCGAUUGUCUUGAGAACAAGGCGAGCCAGAGCUUGAGACACCAGUGGCGUAUGCGUCCAGACUCGGAGGCGAGUGAGAUCAAGAUUGGCGAUGGAAGCCGGGGCGGACCGCCGCUGCGAACUUUGACAACUCUAGAGCAGUCAAAAUUAUGA